GGCUGAAGGAGAGCAAGAGGGGCAUCAGCGGGUGAUAGAUCCAAUCCCAAUCUCGGCCAGAUUUUGCUUGCAACAGCUCCUUCAAACACCGGGACGGCUCUCGUUUCCUCAACAAACAGCUUUCUGAACACAUUCACAGCCACACACACACACACACACACACAGGUGUGUGUGUAGCGCACAUUCCCUGAUAUCUGUGCCAGAACAGGAAUUGGGCUUCAUUUGUGCACUAGUUGAUCCUUUCCAGGGAUAUUGCAGGAACGUGCCAAGAAAGAGACGUUUCCGUCUUCAUCCUGGGUUUGCGUGUGUGUGUGAGAGAGUGUGUUAUGUGUGUAUGAAUGGGGCUCGCCAUGCGUCCUCACAGGCUGACUCUGCUGCUCUGCUUUGGCUUUGCCCUCUGCCUCUGUCUAGCCGUGGCUCAGCAGCGCUCCGCCGUCGUCCGCAGGGGUUCGGAGCGGAUCAAAGUGCUCUUCACCCCCACCAUCUGCAGGCUGCGCUGCACGCAGGGACGCUGCACCAACUACUGCGAGCGCGGAAAUGUCACCACUAUCUACAACAGCGAGCAGGCAGGACAGACGCCACCUGGAUCCGGCUUCAGAGUGUUCGUGUGUCCGAUGUUGUGUAAGAACGGAGGAGUGUGCGUACAGAAGGAUCAAUGUCUCUGCCCGCCCAACUUCACUGGGAAGUUCUGCCACAUCCCCGUCUCCACCAAUCACAUCGAGAGACCGGCGACGAGUGCUGCCGAUUCAUCCAAUCAGCCGAUGACAUCUGAGUACAUACUGCCUCUGCAGACGCCUGAGCAGAUCAACACCAAUGCGUCCCCCAUGGUGAAGGUACGAGUCCAGCACCCUCCAGAGGCCAGUGUGAAGAUCCACGAGGUGCUGAAGGUGGGUUACGGCUCCACCAUCCACGAGCACUCGGAAACCGUGACCUGGUCCGCGGGGCUCUCGGGGGCCCGUCCUCACCAGCUGCCGGGAGAGAGAGCCGAGGCGCCACCGCCGAGGGUUCAAGCCCAGACCAUACGUGGUGAUUCAGUCUACACCGAGACGUCCGGCUUCAAAUACUGCUUCAGAGACGUGCGCAAUGGACAGUGCAGUUCUCCGUUACCUGGUCUGAGGAGUCAGGAGAUGUGCUGCAGGGGUGUUGGGAAGGCCUGGGGCAUCAACGAAUGCACGCUCUGUCCCGCCAUCUUAGGAAACACUGUUAAUGGACAGGGAAGCUGCCCGAAAGGCUUUGAGAGGGUCAACGGGACGCAGUGUGUGGCGCAGAAGGUGAUCUCGGAGGAGAAGGACCAGUGUUUCCGUAUCCUGAACCAGGGCUCCUGUUCUCUGCCCAUCCUGAAGAACAUCACCAAACAGAUCUGCUGCUGCAGUCGAGUGGGCAAAGCCUGGGGCAAGAGGUGUGAGUUAUGCCCGUACUUCGGCUCAGGUAAGAGACCUUUCAGACAUUCAAAGAAUGCUCUUUUCCUUUCAAACAACUGCAUUGGAAAGAACAUCUUUAAUGCAGAAGUUUGGGCAAUGAGUAAGAAGGCUGGAUGA